AUGGCUCCGUACGAGAUGCUUUACGGUAGGAGAUGCCGGACCCCAGUGUGUUGGGAUGAGGUGGGUCCACGUGAACUCGCCCAUAAAGACAUAGUUCGAGCCGCUAAUGAGAAGAUUGAUAUGGUUCGGGCACACUUGAAGGCGGCUAAACAUAGACAAAAUUCGUACGCGGACAAAAGAAGAAGGCCGAUCGAGUUUCAGGUUGGCGACAAGGUCAUGCUUAAGGUAUCUCCAUGGAAGGGAAUUAUCCGGUUCAGAAAAAGAGGAAAACCAAGCCCGAGAUUUAUUAGGCCGUUUAAAAUCGUCGAACGAGUAGGUAAGGUAGCAUACCGUCUCGAACUACCCGCAGAACUGGGUGGAAUUCAUAGCACAUUCCACUACGACGACAUUGAGGUAGAUAAUAGUCUUAACUAUGUGGUGAAGCCGAUUGCGAUUCUACAUCGUAAAGUGAAAAGCUUGAGGAACAAAGAGAUUAACCAAGUAAAAGUCAAAUGGGAGCAUAGAAAGGGUUCGGAUACCACAUGGGAAUCUGAAGAGGAGAUGCAACGAUUCUACCCUACAUUAUUUGGUACGUAA